UAGCUAGCAACAUAUAAUGGUAUGAUCAUUGCAUCGGUGAGUCCUAAAUUGUGUUAACUUCUUCUAUUACUAGUAAUUUUCAUAGCCCAGAAGAAGAAGAAGAAGAAGCACAUUUACUGUUUCUAAAACAUGAAGUUUCUCUUUGAAAGGCUUGGAUAUUCAUCUUCUUUUACCAUUUUCUUUGUCUUAGUGACUAGCUUAUUUAUCCUAAACACUGCAAUCCCUACCAUAACUUUGCCCAACAAUGAAAAGAUUCCAGCAGUUUUUGUGUUUGGAGACUCUAUAGUGGAUACAGGCAACAACAACAAUAUCAAAACCCUUGCCAAGUGCAACUACCCUCCUUAUGGGAGAGAUUUCAAUGGUGGAAAACCAACCGGAAGGUUUAGCAAUGGCAGGGUCCCCUCCGACUUUAUAGCUGAAGCAUUUGGUGUAAAGAAACUGUUGCCGGCUUAUCUUGAUCCGAACCUGCAGACUGAAGACCUCCUAACUGGAGUUUGCUUUGCCUCUGGCGGUAAUGGUUUUGAUAAUAUCACAUCCUCACUUCCGCCAGCAUUUACCUUAUCGGAUCAACUACAACAGUUCAAAGAUUACAUAAAAAAGAUAAAUUCAGCAGUCGGAGAAGAAAGAAGUGCAACAAUCGUAUCCAAAGGCAUAUUCAUAAUCUGCACAGGAACCAACGAUAUUCUUACUACUUAUUAUACUACUCCAUUUAGGCGAUUUCACUACACCAUUGAUUCCUAUGCGGAUUUCUUGGUUAGCUUAGCUUCAAGUUUUAUCAAGGAACUUCAUGGUCUUGGGGCAAGAAGAUUUGGAGUACUGAGCUUACCACCAAUAGGGUGUGUACCAUCGCAGAGAACUAUACGUGGAGGCUUAAAAAGAAAAUGCCUAGACUAUGCCAAUAAAGCUGCAAUCCUCUUCAAUUCCAAGCUAGCCUCUGCUAUCCAUGCUCUGAAUUCAACGUUUUCUGAUUCCAAUCUUAUAUAUCUUGACGUCUACAAUCCACUGAUUUCCCUCAUCCAAAAUCCUGCUAAAUAUGGAUUUGAAGUGGCAACAAAAGGAUGCUGCGGCACUGGAAAAAUAGAGGUGACUUACCUUUGCAAUCGCUUUGUUGACCCAUUAACGUGCAAAGAUGAUACAAAAUAUGUAUUCUGGGAUAGUUAUCAUCCUACAGAGAAGGCUUACGAAACCCUUAUCACUCUUAUCCUCAAAAGAGCAGGGAAUGUGUUCGGCUGAUGAUACUCUCCUCUCUCUUUCCUUCCUGUUUUCAUAUAUAUGUAUUUGAAAGUUUGAUAUCCGUUUGAGAAUCACAUAAUGGUGUAAUGCAUUUGUGAUUUAAUCUCAUUUAAGUGAAAUUAAUUAUUAUGUUCUUAUUUA